AUGGCCAGUCCCAGGAAGUCUAAGGGCAAGAGAAAGAGUAUAGAAGCUACUGAUGGUCGCCCUGCUCCUUCGGGUGAACUCAGUGGCCCUAGACACUCUGGUCAUUCAAAUGCAGGGACAGGCGGACGAAAUGCGCAACUAGAAAAACUUGAUUCAGUCUUUGAUGCCUCAGCUCGCAAACAGGUGUUGAAAGGCUCUACAUCCCUUGGCGCUGACAUUCCAAGGAACCCACAAGCCCCUGAUGCUCACAAGAGCCGCAGGUCCAGAAAGGUUACCGCUCCCCCUCCAUAUGCCCCAGCUGAUGCAAAUUCCAUGGAUGUAUCCGAGGCAUCCAACUCACAAUGUGAAAAUGGCACAUCACAGCCUCCCCAAGCUCAAAGAUCAAUUGUGCCUCCCGACGCCCAACCAAACUUGUUCGCCUUGAAUAACCCAUAUGCAACUGCCAGGUCUGAGCAGGUACCAUUUGGAAACAAGGCAAUUCCAGUCACCUACAAUCUGUAUGUAGCCACACUCCCCUCAGCACCAUCACUUGUCGUGAGUGCACAUCUGGAGCCGAGGCCUGUCAACCAGUCUGCUGCACCCGCGAGUGCGCAUCUGGAGCCGAGGUUUAAUGCCACUGUCAAUCAGCCUGCUGCACCCGCAAUGCUUCCGGAGCAUCUCAUAGACCCAGCACUAUGCACUCGGGCAUCACCGCUUGACGCAAAUACAUGCUCUGUGCCAACAUUUUCGAACACCACCCAGUAUGUCAAUCCACCAUUUAUUCAGUCUGCCGCGCUCCCAAGGCUUCCACAGUCUGUUGAGUUGAGUGAUACAUCAGACGUUGAGGAUGGGAGUGGUGAGAGCUCAGUGGAAGAAGACACUGGAGCAGAGGAUGAAGACAGAUUUACUGAGGAACAGCCCCCUCAGCCCCCUCCGAACCCACGUGCAUUGACACCUGAAUUCGAUUUUCAGUAUUCACGCAACGAGGAUGAAGGCCAUGCAGCAGCUAGAUUUUCUGAGGAAUGGCCCCCUCAGCCCCCUCCGAACCCACGUGCUUUGACGCCUGAAUUUGAUUUCCAGUAUUCACGCGACGAGGAUGAAGGCCAUGCAGCAGCUAGUCAGGCCUCAGCGCAGCUGAGGAACAAUGUUUGGUACUCACGCAACAAAGUCAACACAGCAGCAAAUCUCACCUCAGCGCAGCCCAAGCCCAAGCCAAAACGGACACAGAAUGAUGUCCUUGAGCAACCCCAGAAGCAGAAUAAUGUCCUCGAGCAACAUCAGAAGAAAAAUGGUCUGCGCCGCCUCCCUGACCCCGAGUACCUCGAAACACUUUGCCAGCAAUCUGAGAUCAAUAUUCAACGUGAAGUUCAACACGAAGUUCCUCAAUCACGAUCCGAAGCAAGGCCCACGCAACUCAGGUGGUACAGUACCGGCUGGAAAGUCUUCCUGGAGGAAGCAAAGGGAGAGUGUCACACAGUGCACACGUUAACCAACCCAUUUCCAACUCUGGCGGGGGACUUACCAAAGUCAAUAACAGGAGUCCUGUCGGCCCUCAAGAUUGAGUGGGAGAAGAACGGGAAGCAGGUAGAAAGUGGUGUGUGGCCUGCGCAGCAGUCUAACAUGGCCAGGCUGCUCUAUGAUGAUCUUGCGACCUGGCAGUCUGAGUUGAAGAAAGUCGUUAUUUACUUGACCCCAAUCAUAUUAGCUCGGAGAAGGCCAGAUCUAUUUCGCAAACAGGUGCCUAUAACUUCCUUAGCGCUUGUCUCCGCCGCGUUCGAUUGCGUCCUCCUUGGCUUCUCAACAAACGGUACCGGCAAGACUUUCCCCAAAUUCACUGUGAAGGAAUACGGACAAAUCUACAAAGAGAUGAUGGCGAUGAUCGAGUCCAUUUUAUUGGAUGAAUAUCAUGGCCCCAAACUGAUUGAGCAACUUGAAGACUGGGCCGCAUAUGGAUGGUCAGAAGGCUUGAAGGUUGAUGGUGGCUAUGGCUUGGAAACAAAGCACGAGCACUUGAAGGUAGUACUCGAUUAG